AUGGCGUCCGUUUCCGAUCAAUUCUUCCACCUCGAUGGCUCCAGUCAACAGCCCGAAGAGUGGCUGGACUUCGACCAAUUCUUGGACCUGCCCGCAGCCUAUGGCGAUGAAUAUUCCGCCUCGGCCUCCGCCACUUCGGUCUCCCCGGACAUGGCUCUUCCGUACGAGGCUGAGAUGCUCGCCACAGACCUGCCGGACCUGAUGCAGCCCGCUUUCUCGGACCUAGUCAACUUCGACCUCCCGUCUGAGGGCUUUUACGUCGACCAGUCCCCCGCCAUGGGCAUGAUCCCCGAUCACACCCCGGCCAUGGAGCACGCCAUGUUCACCGGUUAUUACCACCAAUAUGACCCCUCAUUCGACUUUCGACAGAUGGUUGAGGCGCAGGCCGCCGCAGACCCGCGUGUUGCGUCCAUCAAGGAGAAGCGCCGAGAAGCCGCCAUUGCGCUACACCUGCAACGAUUAUGUGAUGCCACAGCCCUCGACCUUGACAUGUCCUCCGACUCCAACACCAGCUUCUCCUCUCCAGCCUGGUCAGAGUACAUCCGCGAAAGCUCGUCCCCUCAAUCCGCCAGUGCGAGCCCGCAGACCCCAUCGGCUCCACCUCCGGCAUCCGGCAACGCAGGGUUGGAGCUGGUGCUCGACCUGAAUAUGAAUGCCACCACCAACCUACCCAAGAAGCAGAAACCUCGUUCUCAGGCACAGAAGGAGAACUACAUCAAGGCCCGAAAGUAUGGCGCGUGCGAGAAGCACAAGAAGCAGCACAAACGCUGCAACUGUCUCGAGAAGGCUGCAGCGGCCCGUCUAGGCGUCAAUGAUGUUUCACUGAACGCCGCGUUCCAAGAACGAUCGCAACGAUCAUCCCACUCCACGCCAGUUCUGCCCGAUCUACGCACCUUUGGCAUCCCAGGCCACGAAAGGUCGUCUGUUUCACCAACCCUAUUCCCAUCAGUCAAGGUGAUCAAGAAACUCACAAACCACUCUCCGGGUCACGACUCCUCUAACGCGAUCCACAGCACAAGGUUUGUGCUGUACAACCCCGCAAUCACCAGUCAAGGCAUCGGCCCCAAGCGCAAGCUCGGUCUACCACCGCCCUCGUCCAGUUUCGACUUCCCCUUCGGCAGUCAAUACGGAUUACAAGGCAGAUGGCCAAUCCAACACGUGCUGGCGCUUUAUGGGCUUCUCUCCGACAGUUACUUCUUUCUCCAGCGAGGAGAAGAAGAAGGAUGUCAACACGAAACCCGCCGUACAAACAACAACAGCUCCGGUGAGGGGUUUCAGCUUGAGCAGCAAGCGCUCCACAGCGAUAGACGGAGCUGUCCGUCUACAAGACACAACUUCCUUCGCGCCAAAUGA